AUGAGACUCAGCACUGCUGUCAAAUCGGCAUGCUUCCUCCUUCUUGGUCAAAGUACCAUUGCUGAAGGUGCAGCGGCCCCUCGAGGUUUUCUUCAGACUUGGCCUAUUCCCGAUGGCGUCCCUAUCGCGACCUCUUUCGAUGUCAAAGCUCGCGUCCCAGGUGGCAAGUGGGAAACGAUUGAAACAUAUCAACCUGUUCACAACGAGGUCAACUUCACCACCGGCGGGUCUAUUAAACACAAUUCGUCUCUGGCAUACUUCGACUUCAACGGCACUGUAGAGAUUCAAGCCAGAUAUCUCAAAGAACGAGUUUCCAAGGCCGUCAUCAGACCUUAUUCUCUCAACCUGACCCCCAAGAAGUCUGGUUCAGUUAUUACUUUCACCUUGAGCGAGCCGCGAGAUGUUAUUGUUCAAGUCAACGAUGACAUUUUCGACGUUCUCCACAUCUUUACCAACCCCCCUGAUGCGAAGGUGCCAUCUGAGGACGAUAAAGAUGUCAUGUACUACGGUCCUGGCUAUCACAAGCUCAAUUCUACGCUCGAGGUUGGAUCUGGCAAAACUUUAUAUGUGGCUGGUGGAGCAGUAGUUUCAGCUCCUGAUAUUACUGUGACCAACUCGAGUGAUGUAACCAUACGUGGACGAGGCCUCUUGUACAGUUCAAAAGGAAAUGCGCUACAGGUCUACCGAUCCAACAACGUCUUUAUCGAGCGUCUGGUUGGUAUCAACUUCCUCCCGAGGGCUUACGAGUCAAAGGAUGUGACAUUCAGUCAUUGGCGCGACUUCAGCGCAGUACAAUGGGGAGAUGGAAUGGAUGUAUACUGCAGCGAGAACAUUCUUAUUGAUUCCGUCUUCUUGCGCAAUUCAGACGACUGUAUUGCGAUUUACGCUCACAGAGAUCAAUGGUAUGGAAACUCGACGAACAUCACCAUCCAAAACUCAAUUCUUUGGGCCGAUGUGGCACAUCCCAUUAAUGUUGGAACCCAUGGCAAUACUGAGGACCCUGAGACCAUUGAAGGUCUAACUAUUCGCAACGUCGAUAUCCUCGACCAAAGAGAGGGACAGGUCAACUACCAAGGAACCAUCGCACUCAAUCCUGGAGAUGGCAAUCUGAUUCAAGACGUCUUGGUCGACGACGUGCGCGUCGAAGAUAUUCGCGUUGGCCAACUCAUCAACUUCCGUGUUAUGUAUAAUACCAAGUACAACACAUCACCGGGCCGAGGGAUCAAGGAUGUGUUGGUGCGUGAUUUGAAGUACACUGGAACAAAGGCCAGCAUGUCCAUAUUCGUCGGUUAUGAUGAGGACCGAACCAUCAGCAAUGUCACAUUUGAAAACCUGGUUAUUAAUGGAAAGGUUAUCUCGGACGACAUGCAGAAGCCGGGCUGGUACGCAACUACGGAUUUUAUUCCCGCAUUUGCAAAUGAGCAUGUGCACAAUCUGACUUUCACAUCUAGUUGA